GGUUAUUGUACGACGACUGACCGGGUUCAGUGUCAAUGACUUCCAGUCUGAAUUGCACCUCCACGAUGCGUGAAUUGUCGUCGAGUAGCCGCCAAGUCACAUCGCGGAAGGCAUGCCAGCUAGCCGGAGCAAGCAACCGCGAUAUCCAUGUUCCUAUGAGGUCCUCCUGGUCCGUUCCGAUAACGUCCCACCACUCGACCACUCGAGGCAGACUCGCAAUAGCGAGCAGUACCUGGGCAUACCAGUGGUGUCCGCGCCAAUCUGGGUGCUCGUCCCGCGCCUUACCGAUGUUCUCUUGGUAUUCCCGUGGGAGGGGAGACUGGGAGGGAGACGUGGAAUGCGAACUUGCACUGGAGCGAGGCGUGCGGACGGGAAUAUGCAUCGUGCAGGAUAAUCGUCGGUUCGCUAGGGUUUGCGCACUCCAAUCCCGCGCACUCUCGCUUGCGCGGACUGACCACCUCGGGUGGAGGCGUCGGACUGGUGAUGGAACCCAGCGCAGGACUGGAGGCGCCAGUACUUGGACGCGACAUCGGUCACGGACCGACCCCGGGGAAGAGUCGAAUGGCGCCGCAGAGAGGCGGGGUUGUGGAAGACGCGGACGGUUGUCGGCUGUGAUGAUCGCCUUCUGGUAUGCCUGCUGGGGCCGGCACUAGGAGCGGAGGCGGCGAGGCGGAGAAGUCCUCCGAAGACAUACCUGUGGUGGACGAGCCUUCGUGCUCGUUUCCUUUGCUUGACCUGUGCCCUUCCCUCUCCUCUCCUCUCCUCUCUCCUCCUUCGCCUCCCUUUGCGCUCCCGGCUCCGCGUUCUCGUGGUUCUGUGGAUUGGCACUGGACUUCACGCGCCUCGUGCGAGCUUGGGGACCAGGCGAGGAAGGAGGAGCGGUCUUGUCCACGCGCAGGGUCGCCGCAUGCCCCUAGUGCAGUCGGGCGGUCGGUGUGGCUGCCCAAAUCGCGGUCAGACGAGGUCAGGACGAG